AUGUUAUCUGAGUUGAUUCUAUCCGGACUGUCUGAUGUUCCAGUAAUUCAGCUGCUUCUCUUUCUGUUCCUUUUCUGCAUUUAUUCGUUGACACUGACUGCCAACCUUUCCAUCCUUCUGCUCAUUUCACUUGAUUCUCACCUUCACUCUCCCAUGUACUUUUUUCUUGGAAACCUGGCCUGUUUAGACAUUUUCUCCUCCUCCAUCACUACUCCACGGAUGCUUUUUGACCUCAGCACCAAGCAUAGGAUGAUAUCUGUAAUAGCUUGCCGAACACAACUCUACUUCUUCAUCUUUAUUCUUUCCACUGAAAUCCUGUUACUUGCUGUAAUGUCCUAUGAUCGGUAUAUUGCAAUUUGUCAUCCCUUGCGUUACAUGCAAAUAAUGCAUUGGCAGUCCUGUGCUCAACUAGCAAUGGGAGUGUGGGCUGCUGGCUCCAUUUAUUCUUUGAUACACACCCUUUGUACCUUGAGGUUGGCAUUUUGCCGAUCAAACAUAGUUAAUAGUUUUUUUUGUGAUCUACCCAAGUUGUUCGAGAUUUCUUGCACUGACACCUUCAUCAAUAUCUUGUCUGUAUUUAUCUUGGGUGCUUUUCUUGGAAUAAUCUCUUUAACGAUUACUUUUUUCCCAUACAUCUAUAUAUUGCUUACUGUGCUGAAGAUUCCAUCUAAAAACAAGGGACUUAAAACUUUCUCCACAUGCAGCUCUCACCUAACUGUGGUUUUCAUUUUUUAUGGGGCCCUUUUUUUCAACUACUUUCGCCCAAUCACAAGUUUUUACUAUACAGCUGACAAAAUAGUCUCUGUGUUUUAUACCAUAAUCACCCCUCUGUUAAAUCCAAUGAUUUACAGUCUCCGGAACCAAGAACUUAAAGCAGCUUUGAAGCGAAUUUACAAAAUUUGA